AUGGAUGGGAAAAUGAUGGGAAAGUCCUGGGACCGGAAAGCCAAGGACGCCUACUUCAAGCACGCCGCCGGCGAGGACGCCACAUCCUGGGACGGCCCCCUCAGGGCGUCGUCCUACACCGCCAGAAACAAGUGCUACCCGCCGCCGCCGUCGUCAGAGGACUGCGGUGCUGGACGACGACGACAACAAGAUAGUCGGCCGUUUGUACGCAAACGCUAUUACUACGACUCGCCGCCUUCAGCCUCGGGCCCGCUGGCCCUGGACCAGCAACCCAUCGUGGCUGUAAAAAUCCUAAGCAGUCCUAGAUUAAGACACGAUACCGGCAUUCGGAAAAACUUAUACGACUCGCCGCCUUCAGCCUCGGGCCCGCUGGCCCUGGACCAGCAACCCAUCGUGGCUGUAAAAAUCCUAAGCAGUCCUAGAUUAAGACACGAUACCGGCAUUCGGUUUCAUCGCUACACAGCAGAACCCCCCGCAAGUAUUCAUAAAGCAGACGAAGCAGCAAGACCCAAGAUCGUGGCACAAAUUGACGAAGACACUACUAGAGAAGAGUUGUUGCCCGUGGGCACCAUCAUGUUUAGAAUUUUCGGGAAACGAAGGGACGUUGAGUUGCUCUACGGUCCAGACUGUACUUCGGCGUUCAUACGGAGGCAAUUGGCCAAUGGUACCGCGUAUGAUGAUAUCGGCAAGGCUGGUGGGAAGCACGGUGGUCCCAUUUGUGCGCGGAUCGGGCUCCAUGGUGACCACGAGCAGAUUAUGCUCAAAGUGCGGGCUUUGGUUGACAAAGCUAUUCAAGAAAGGGAAAGGCUUCCAAGUUACCAUCAUCCCAGCACCUCAUCAGAACCAACCCCCUCCACCACCACUGACCACUCAUCACAGGACAAAGAAGUCGAUUUCAAAAGCAACGUAGCCCAACGUCAUCAAAAUGAUCAUCAACAGCAACAGAAAACACAAACUGAGAUCCCACGGCACAAAAAGCUGCAAAUGGAGAAAAUCAAGUCUUCGUUGAUUAAUUCAAUUUUCAAAGAGAAAGGGCCAAAUUACGACAUUGGCACAUAUGCUGCAGGACCCAAUAAUGAAAACAGGAGAAUGGCAAUGGAUGAACUUUUCCAACGAUUCCAAACCCAGGCAGAGGGGAAAGAUCCAUCUGACAAGUACAUCACUGAAUCCCUGGCUUCCUUGGAAAAUUACUUGCUGAACGCUGACCCCUUUGAGCAAGACAUUUUCACCAAAUCGCUGACGAGAACCCCCGAGAAAUCCCAACACCAGAGAAAACACUCCAUGAGCGAACCCCAAAGGCCAAUCUACUCUUUACACAAGCAGUCGAAAAGCCCCCCAUCAGUGGCAAUGGACAACCUCAUCAAGUCCCUCAUCAAACACAAUCAUCAUCAUCAUCAACCCGAGCCUUCGUCACAUCAUCAACCCGAGCCUUCGUCACAUCAUCAACAAACACCGCCUCAGCAAAACAAGUCGAGAGAUAAACCGGACGCUGUAAAGUUCAUUUCCAGAGACGACGCUCCUUAUCACGCGCUCAUUUACGCCGCGGGACGUUUUGCGUGCGGGGGCGCAAUUGUGCAGAGAUUCUGGAUCCUCACGUCGGCCAACUGCGCCAUCGCACCUUCGGACUUGUACGAGGUUUACGCUGGGAGGACAACAAAAGAUCAGCAUCAGGCAGACGAGCAGCGCUUUGGGGUCUCCAAGAUUUACGUCCACGAAAACUUCAACAGGUCGGCCCUGGGAUCGGAUAUAGCUCUUCUUCAACUCAGCAAACCCGUCCAUUUCAACGCUCACGUGACUCCAGCACAGCUACCCAAUGCAGGAGUUGAACCCAUGCCUGGACAAACUAUGAGAUUAACAGGCUUCGGUUUCAACAACUCAACGUCUGAUGCGUUGAAGACUAAUUUGGCAGCUUACAUUUCUGACUGGGAAUGCGAAUUCCUCCUCUCCUCAAACAAUGUCAACGGGUCGCAAAAAAUCGAAGAUUCUCAACUGUGCACCUUGGGACCCAAUGACGCUGCGGAUGCAGGAAACCCUCUGGUGACGGUUGAUUCCAAAACACUGGAAGGAAUAGUCAGUUACACAGUAGUCGGAGGUCAGGAUCCACUUCCAAUAGUCUACACGCAAGUGUCCCACUUUCUGACCUGGAUGUCCUCCAAAAUGUCCAACGCAAAAAACUAGCACAUCACCACUACAAAAAAAAUGACUCCGACCAGCAAAAAAAAAAAGAAACUCAAGCACAAUACCACGCACAAAACAAAAGGAAAGCCAAGCAACUGCUCAAAAGCAUAAGUGCGGAUUAGUUAAUGCAAAAAAUAUUCCCAAGCAAGCAGAUGAGUUCAAUGAUCCCAAGAAGCAUCAAAGGCUGCAUUUCCAAGCCACAGAGGAAGCAAGGAAAGGAUUAGAGAAAGCGGGGGGGGGGGAAUCAAUUGAAUGAAGAACAGCACAUCUUCUUGAACGCCUUCGACUCUUCUUUCCAUUUCCUGGGAUUUCAUCAUUAUCAAGGCACCAGAGAAAGUUGGUUAUUUUCUUCCCACAACCUCCGCAGGACAACUCAAAAUCCUUCCGUGCAUCUGAAAAAAGAAAAAAAACCGAAGAGGUCACCUGGUAAAAUAAAAAUUCGUUCAACAAGAA